AUGGAAAAACUCCUUUCUCCUCCUCUUGUGCCUCUUCUUCUUUCUCCUCCUCUUGUGCCUCUUCUUCUUUCUCCUCCUCUUGUGCCUCUUCUUCUUUCUCCUCCUCUUGUGCCUCUUCUUCUUUCUCCUCCUCUUGUGCCUCUUCUUCUUCUUUCUCCUCCCUUCGUGCCUCCUCUUCUUUUCUCCUCCCCUUGUGCCUCCUCUUCUGUCUUUCUCUUCCCCUUGUGCCUCCUCUUCUACUUUCUCUUCCCCUUGGCCUCCUCUUCUACUUUCUCUUCCCCUUGUGCCUCCUCUUCUGCUUUCUCUUCCCCUUGUGCCUCCUCUUCUUUCUCUCUUCCCCUUGUCUUUCCUCCUCUUCUACUUUCUCUUCCCCUUGUGCCUCCUCUUCUUCUUUCUCUUCCCCUUGUGCCUCCUCUUCUUCUUUCUCUUCCCCUUGUGCCUCCUCUUCUUCUUUCUCUUCCCUUGUGCCUCCUCUUCUUCUUUCUCUUCCCUUGUUCUUUCCUCCUCUUCUUCUUUCUCUUCCCUUCUUCCUCCUCUUCUUCUUUCUCUUCCCCUUGUGCCUCCUCUUCUUCCCCUUUGUGCCUCCUCUUCUUCUUUCUCUUCCCCUUGUGCCUCCUCUUCUUCCCCUUUGUGCCUCCUCUUCUUCUUUCUCUUCCCCUUGUGCCUCCUCUUCUUCCCCUUUGUGCCUCCUCUUCUUCCCCCCUUUGUGCCUCCUCUUCUUCUUUCUCUUCCCCUUGUGCCUCUCUUCUUUCCCUUGUGCCUCCUCUUCUUCUUUCCUCUUCCCUCUUGUGCCUCCUCUUCUUCUUUCUCUUCCCCUUGUGCCUCCUCUUCUUCUUUCUCUUCCCCUUGUGCCUCCUCUUCUUCUUUCUCUUCCCCUUGUGCCUCCUCUUCUUCUUUCUCUUCCCCUUGUGCCUCCUCUUCUUCUUUCUCCUCCUCCUCCUACACUCCUUCUUCUUCGUCCUCCUUGGAUGUCUUUGA